AUGGGCCCCCGCAAACGUGCCAAAGCCAGCGCAGCUUCAACACCUCUGGCAGACGCACAACCACAGGACGAGGGCGCGGCCCAGUCGCAGGAUGACGUACAGCCUCUUGACCCUUGGGCCGACGAGCAAGAGACACAACUCUUCAAGAGCAUGAUGAAGUGGAAACCAACUGGCCUCCACAAGCACUUUCGGAUGAUUAGUAUUCACAUCGACAUGCGCUCACAUGGCUACGCGACCGAGGACGCCCCCCACACGCGCAUCCCAGGCAUAUGGAAGAAGCUACACCAACUGUACGACUUGGACACGCUCGAUGCACGUGAGAUUGAAUUUGCCUUUUCCGACGACCCCGAUCCAGCCGACCCAGAGGAGGCAGGUGCGAUACCAGACUUCGAGCUGCCAGAGGACGAGUUUGGCGAGAUGAUGUGGCACAAGCGGUUCCAUCGUGAAGACUCGGCAGCAGUCUCGUCCCCGGCCCAGAUUCCGCCCGAAGACGACAAGAAGCUGUAUGCCCCAGGCAUCGGUCUCUUGAAAGAUCUUCCCGAUAGCCAACGCUCACAACAGGCCGAGAGCGUAGCCGAAGCCACACCAACGCCAAAGAACCCAAAGAGCACACGGGCGAGCAGGGCCACGGCAAAGAAUGCAAAGGGAGCAAAGGCCGCAAGCAAUGCUGCGAAGAACAGUAAACCGCAGUCCACUGUGUCGGAAUCAGCUGCAGAAGAGGAAGACGACGAGGAAGAAGAGGAAGAGUCAAGCGCUGAAUCUGCAGAGGACCAUGCGCCAACAACUCGUCGGACGAACCGUGGGCGAGCAAAACCAGCUCCCAAGAGGACUCGCAAGAGAUGA